AUUGAGCUCAACGUCGAACCCAGUGACACGAUCCGUCGUGUCAAGGAACGCGUGGAAGAGAAGCAGGGCAUCCCUCCGGAGCAGCAGCGUCUCAUCCACAGCGGCAAACAAUUAAACGACGAAAAGACGCUGGAAGAGUACAAGAUUGAGAGCGGCACCGUCUUUCACCUCGUCCUUGCCCUUCGCGGUGGCCUCUGCUUUUAA